AUGACAUUUCCCUACAUCGACACGCCACGCACCGAGAUCGACGGGAACGCGACUUAUCUUACCAAUGGCUUUCGCAGCGUGGGCCGAACACACCUUUCAGCACUCGACUCGGUAGAAAACUCGUUCGCUACUCCAUCCAAGGACAACGAUGUGAUCAAAGGAUUUGGAGAGGGGCGAAAACGCGUUUCGGCCUCCAAUUUGGGCACCCCGCGCGCCAAUGCGGCGACGAAGUCUACGAGAAGCGCAUUAAGACAACUCCCGUCGGCUGGAGCUGCUAGGGGCGAAUUCACGCCGCUAAUGCGGAGUGCGACGAAAAACAACCUCUUGAGAAAUGCGUCCAUGAAUCGAGGGGCAGAUGACCCGAAAACCCCGGCCUACCUGCGCGAAGGCAAUCGAGGCGCCGCCCAUACCCCCGGUUUACCACCCAUGGACAUGUCCGACAUUUAUGAGGAAGAUGCGACAACAGAUGAUCCCACGCCUCUUCCACAAGCUGCGAGUAGCAGUGUCCAGAGUACACCACUUCCGUCUCUUUUGGGACGCGACGUGCGAGGGAUUCUGGGCGACGGGCAAAAUAUGACCCUGAAGGAGCAGGAGCGAAUCAUUGACAGGCUUGACAAAGACAACUGGAAUCUGAAGCUCAAGAUCCACUACCUGGAGGAACAACUCGAGAAAGCAGGACCCGAAUACAACAGCGCAGCUCUCAAGGAGAAUACCGAGCUCAAAGUUCUGAGAUUGACAAUGCAACGCGACAUUGUCCGGUACAAGAAGAGUCUGCUGCAAGCAGAACGCGAUUUGGAGGAGUAUCAACAACAACUCAUGGAGUGGAGAGAUAGAGCCCGGAGGAAACAAACCGAUGAGGAAGUACAGCGUGAAAUGGACCUGAUGCGCGAGGAGGUCGAAUCAAAAGAUAACGAACUCAGAAAGAUUCGCGAAGAAUUGAGGUUGACCAAAGAUGAUCAAUCUCAAGAAAUCGAGAAGCUCCGAGAUGAUGUAGAAGAUCUUGAGGCUGCGGUACGGGAGAGAGACCGUAUUAUCGAAGAACGCGACGAAGAACUGGAGGAACUUCGAGAGAAUGGCAAAGAGAACGAUGCGGGAGCAGAGCUUCAAGGCGAACUCGACCGUGCGAAGGAGCAUAUUCAAGAGCUGCAGGACCGUCUGGAGCAGGCCAAGUCAGAAGCCCAAGAAGCGGAUGAUGCCGCAAAGAAGGCCAUCGAUGAGAAGGGCCGUACUGAAGAAGACCUCCGGGAGCUUCAGGACGAGAUGGCGGACAAGUCCUUUACAACAAGGGGACUCAGUCGACAACUGGAGGAUAAAGUCGAUAAGCUUGAGGAGGAAGUGCAAGAUUUACGACAAGAGAACGACACCCUCAAAGCUGAAAUCGAGAGCAAAACGGAGUCCGUGAGUCGUCUCGAGGAGCGUUAUCAGACCGCUCAACAAGACCUCAGGAACAAUAGCGGAAAAUUGGGCGAAGACCUUGAAUCAGCCAGACACGAACGGGACUUGGUCCAGGCUGAACUCCAAAAAAUGUCCGCUCGACUGCAAGAGGCCCUCGAUAAUAUUCAACGCAGGAAUGAAGAGAAAGAGCUUCUUCAGACCCGGCACCACGCACUGACUGAUGAGUCUGGCGGCUUGCAGAACGAGUUGACCCGAGCGCAGUCUAGGAUACGCGAACUCCAGCAGGCGGUUGAAGAAGCCACAAAUCGUGCUCAAGACAACCAGAACCUUCGCUGGCAACACAAGGCGGAGGUGGACCGUCUUCAGGAUGAAAUUGAUGCUCUCCAGCGCGAAAUCGAGGACAAGGAGGGUCACUUCGCCCUCGAGCAGGAUAGGUGGGAAAGCACCAAGCGUUCCUUGCAGUCUCAAAAAGAGCGUGCCGAAGAACAAGCAGCAGGCCUCAAGCGAACAAUCGAGAGACUUCAAGAGACAGAGCAUACUCUUUCUGGGAAGGAGUUCAAGCUACAGGAAGCUAUCGAUAGCGAGAAGCAGCGCCAUCUACAAGAAGAAGCGGUGCUGAGUCGCCAGAUCAAAGAGCUUGGCGACGAGCUUUCUCAAAAGAGACACAUUCUGGAUGAGCAGCGUAACGACCUCCUUACGGUGAGGGAAGAGCUGCGCGUGUCUCGGCGCGAGGAGCAAUCACUCAAGGAAAAAGUGCAGGCUCUGGAGGACGAGGUUGUUGUCUUGCAAUCGAGUUUAGCGGAAGAGCAAGAAUACGCCAAAGGUCGGAUGCUGAAGGGCUCGUCUGACGUGGAAUCCCAAUUGCAGAAAGCAAUUGCCGACAGACAAACCCUCCGUGACCAGCUUGCCAAUGCUCAUGUCGAGCUGCAUGACUUGCGAACUUCGAUAGGCGAGGUUGAAGCCGAACGCGACGAGCUCCAAGCGCAGCUUGGUCGUCCUCAAAAUGCGGAAGACACCACCCGUUUUGACCGCGAAAAGCUCGAGCUUCGGCGGACCGCUGUUCGACAAGAGAAUGAAUUGCAGCGCUUGCGAGACGACAGGACCUCCUUGUUGGAAGCCAAAGCUACUCUUGAACAGCAGCUCGGAUCUGAGAUCGAGCGUGCCACGGCAGAAGAGGGCCGCCUUUCAGCUGAGAUCGAUCGUCUCCAGGACAAGCUCCAUGCGGGCUCUGGCAACCGGGAUCGUGAAUUGACAACCGCCAGGACCAAGGUUCAGCGGCUUGAACGACGCAUUCAAGAGCUAGAGCUCCUCCUGCAGCAACAACCCGCCAUGGAAAAUGAGCAGUCGGCUACCCAUGGGGACCUGUCUCUGAUUCGGCAUAGUCUCGACGAGGCUCGCAGGCGUGAGAAAAUUCUUCUGCAGCGCGAAGCCGAGCAGAAGGCUUCUACACGCACACUGAAGUCACGCGUCUCUGAUCUGGAGAGAGAUCUCCACGAUGCUAUGAUGAACAAGUUCGAUUCGCGCUCUCCACAGAACUCGCCUUCCAACAAGCUUCAUGAGGAGUUGCGAAGUUUGCGAAAGCAACUUGCAGAUGCCCACCGAUCCCUCAAGGAGAUCAAGGCCAAGAAUCGUGAUUUGGAACGUGCGGCGAUGAAAGAGGAGGACCAAAAGGAUCUCCACGAGCUUCUCAAGUCGUCAACUCUUGAAGCCGAGGCCUUGGCGCUCAAGGUCUCCGAACGAGACUCGCGAUUGAACGAGCUCAAGAACCAGGUCCGUCGGAUCCGUGAAGAGCGAGCGUUCUGCAUUCGCAAAGCCGAGGCGGCAACUAAGGAGUUGGAUGCACUUCAACAACGGUACGAGGAAGCCCUCAAGAAAGUGACCAACUCGAAGACUUCCAGCAAGGGUCAACAUGAGAAGGAGAUGCGCGGGCUAGGCAAAGAAAUAAUGUGGCUUCGUGCCCGUCUGCAGCGAGAGGAGAAGUUCCGUCGUGACUUGGCCUGGAGUAAGGGCCUGAUGGAGCUUGGCGAACGAGUCCGCGUUGCAUGCAACGAAGCCGACCUCCGCAUGAUCACCGAGAUGGGUGUUCAAGCCCGCGACCGCAAUCCCAUGCGAACUCCACGCCGCAAGUUCAAAUCAGCCAUUUCCCUUGUGUUGGCUACCGUCCGUAUGCAGCGGAUGGGCCAGGAAUGGAGACUGACCAAAAAGCUCGGCGAGGGCUUGAAACGAGCCAAGAGCGAGAUGCUGAAGCGUCGCGAAAGCUCGAACAAAGGUCUGUUUGGCCAGUAG